GUAACACAUGUCUUCUGUCACCAUAAUCAUUGCAAUGGAUUCGAUUCGAUCUCUCACUUCCUUGCUUCACGUAAAAGACCAACUAUGAAUCCUGUGGGCAGCGGACGCAGUUACACUUGACCUGCUCGUGUGAGCAACGUCUACGGAGCCCUGGCCCAAUGGGUUCCCUUGCACUCGCUCUGUCUCAACACACCGAGCCCAAGCUCCGAGCCAUGAUGUGCACAAUCAACUAUCAUGUACCUCCCCGUUCCUCAUCUUACGUGACUUGUCCUACGUUAUCGUAUGCGUGACCGCUCCUGAGCAAUGCACAAGAGGUGACUCGGAUCGAGCUGGCCUGGACAUGCCGUCUCCUGGCCGAUACACCGCUGGUUGAUCAAAUACGAUGGCGCAGCGAUUUCCUGAAGACUGAAAUCCCCUACGACAUGGCGUCGCUCUGGCGUCUCACUCUCUCCCUUGAUCGAUCGUACGAAUGCUCUGCAAGACUGAGUAUACCUUGUCGCUUCUAUCACCCGCCUCGGAGGGCAUCCUACCUGCACUCUUCACUCGACGCCCAUCUCGAUCAUUUCCGUAAGGGGAGAUGCCUCUUUUACGAAGACUCUCGUCAAGCUUCAAAAAGAAGAUGGUCACACAAAAGAAUAGGGCCACUGCGAAUGGGAACUUGACACCAGUCGACGAAGCCGGCGCUCCAGAACAAAAUGGCACUCAGCCUGGAUGUUCUGUUGCUCAGAGCCUCGCAAAAACGAAAGAUGUUCACUGGAACACUUCAUACAAUCCCCCCUCCCCUUCAGCAGCGCAAGAGCCAGUAACAGCGGGUGCGGGUGCGGGUGCCAGUGGUCCGGCAACACGCAAAGAUGUCGAGAACUUCUUCCAAGAAUUUGCACAGCUGCUACACGCUUCUCGACGCACACUUCCUACUCAAUCUGGUGACGGUCAGUAUCUGGAUCAGGCAGAAUCCUCGGGACUUCUGGCAGAUCUCAAGUCUCUUGGGCUGAAAGACGUAAAGACAGUGACGCACAUGUUGGAAGACAAGGCCAGUGGGAAAGCUCAGGACGAUCGAGAGCUGCACAUGGAGGAGAUCAUGCAACUCAUAGCUGCUCUUCCUGAUCGUUCAGCAAAUCGCGUCGAGCUGACCAGCAUGUUGCUGGAUGUGCUCUGGAACUCGCUACAACAUCCCCCAAUGUCCUACCUUGGCGACACCUUUCGCUACCGAUCUGCAGAUGGGUCCAACAAUUCCUACAUCUUCCCGAAGCUAGGGGCAGCCAAUACGCCGUAUGCUCGCUCGGUGUCUCCCGUCAUCGUUCAGCCCGGCGCUCUUCCGGAUCCCGGAUUGAUAUUCGACUCUCUCCUAGCACGCGAGGAUUUCAAGCCCCAUCCAAACAAGGUUUCGAGUAUCUUUUUCAACUGGGCGUCGUUGAUCAUUCAUGGUUUGUGUUUGUCCUGUCCUUUGCUCCUUGUCGUCUCACUCUGUACCAGAUCUCUUUCAAACCGAUCACCAUGACUACAGUAUUAGCAAGACAUCCAGCUACCUCGAUUUGUCUAUCCUGUACGGAGAUACUCAAUCCGAUCAAAACAAUAUGAGAACCUUCAAGGAUGGCAAAAUCAAGCCCGAUUGCUUUGCGGAGGAGCGCCUUCUGGCGUUCCCUCCUGCUUGCGGAGUCAUGUUGAUCAUGUUGAAUCGCUUUCACAAUUACGUUGUCGAGCAGCUAGCACUAAUUAAUGAAAAUGGUCGAUUCACCAGACCAUCCGAUCGACUGCCGAAGGACGGAGCGCCAGCAGCUUGGAGAAAGUAUGACAAUGACCUCUUCCAGACGGGCAGACUGAUCACUUGUGGACUCUAUAUCAACAUCACACUGUACGACUAUCUUCGGACCAUUGUCAACCUGAACAGAACUAACAGUACCUGGACUCUGGAUCCGCGACUGGACAAACCAAAGACAUUCGGCAGCGAUGGCACACCUCGCGGGAUCGGUAAUCAAGUGAGCGCAGAGUUCAGCUUGUCCUACCGGUGGCAUUCCUGCAUCGGCCAGAUGGACGAAGCCUGGACUGAAAUGGUGUACCAAGAACUGUUCGGGAAAGCCCCAGAUAGUGUCUCUCUCCAGGAAUUGAUGGCUGGGUUGGGCAAAUAUGAUCACGAACUCCCAGCAGAUCCACUCGCAAGACCUUUUGCACAUCUCAAGCGUUGCGCAGACGGCAAAUUCGACGACGGCGACCUUUCAAAAAUUAUGCAAGCCGGAGUUGAGGAGGUUGCCGGAGCAUUCGGAGCCCGCAACAUUCCAAAAUGUCUACGUGCCAUCACCAUCCUCGGGAUCAUGCAAGGAAGAUCUUGGAAUCUUUGCACGCUCAACGAAUAUCGCAAGUUUUUCGGGCUGAAAACGUACGAUACCUUUGAAGAAGUCAAUCGGGAUCCUCACAUCGCCGAGCAAUUGAAGCAUCUCUACGAGCAUCCUGACUACAUUGAACUUUAUCCCGGUCUGGCUGUGGAAGAAUACAAAGAGCCAAUGGCUCCUGGAGUCGGUAUUUGCCCUACUCAUACCGUCUCACGCGUCGUUCUGUCCGACGCUGUUGCCCUCGUCCGCGGAGACAGGUUCUACACACUCGAUUACAAUCCCAAAAACCUUACAAACUGGGGAUACCUUGAAGUAGCCUAUGACUUGGGCGUCAAUCAAGGUUGUGUUUUCUACAAGCUUAUCCUCCGAACACUGCCAAACCAUUUCAUGCCCAACAGCAUCUAUGCCCACUAUCCUAUGACAGUGCCCGCCGAAAAUGCGAAAAUCAUGCAGAACCUCGGCCGAUAUCACGACUAUGACUGGAGCCGACCAACAUACAUUCCUACCAGAGUCAACUUGACUUCGUAUCAAAGUGCCAAAUAUCUUCUCGAACGUUCUCAGGACUUCACAGUCAUGUGGAAUGACGGUCUCAGCUUCGUCAUGGGUGAAGGAGGUAGGAAGUUUUGCUUGGGAGGCGAUACUGUGCUUCAUCGGAAGCAGCGAGAACUCAUGCAUGGGCUCCUCUACCGUGAGAAGUGGCAUGAACAUAUCAAGAAUUUCUAUGAGUACAUCACCCUUCGCCUUCUGCAUGAGAAGAGUUGUACGAUUGCCGGCAUCAAUCAGGUCGAUUUGACGCGAGAUGUGGGAAACCUUGCCCAUGUUCACUUUGCGGCCAACGUGUUUUCUUUGCCACUCAAGACUGCAGAGAAUCCGGCCGGUAUCUUCACCGAGCAAGAAAUGUGGAUGGCGAUGAGCGUCAUUUUCACCGCAAUCUUCUUUGACUUCGAGCCUACCAAGUCUUUCCCACUCCGGCUUGUGGCCAGGAAACUGGCAACUAUGCUUGGUAAACUGAUCGAGAUCAACGUCAAGUCUGUCACGACGACAUCAUUUGCUUCCAACUUCCUGGACUCCUUCCGGGAAAACGAAAAUGCUCUUGCUGAAUACGGCAUUCAUAUGAUUCGUCGCCUUAGCCAAUCUGGCAUGAGCACAUACGACGUGGGAUUGAGCCAGAUCAUGCCGACUGCUGUCGCGAUGGUGCCGAACCAGUCUCAGGUCUUCAGCCAAAUCAUGGACCAUUAUCUCAGCGACGAAGGUCUCGAGCAUCUUCCGGAGAUUCAACGUCUGGCAAGGAUUGACAGCAGAGAAUCCGAUGAGAAGCUUCUUCGCUACGUCAAUGAGGGCAUCCGUCUGAAUGGUACGUUCGGCAGCUACCGUCGAAGUGAGGUUAGCCACGUCUUCAACGACGAUGGCAGGCAGGUAGCCGUCAAACCGGGUGACAAGGUCUUCUGCAGUUUUGUUGGAGCAGCAAGGGAUCCCAACAUCUUCCCAAAUCCCGACCGCGUCCGCCUUGAUCGACCCAGGGAUUCUUACCUCCAUUACGGGAUCGGAGACCACACUUGCCUGGGAAAGGAAGCGAGUAUGGUCGCACUCACUGCUAUGUUAAGGACGGUGGGUAAGUUGCAAAAUCUCAGGCGUGCACCAGGACCGCAGGGGCAGCUGAAGAAGGUUCCACGACCUGGAGGGUUUUAUGUCUACAUGAGGGAUGAUCAUGGCUCAUAUUUUGUUUUCCCGUGUACUUUUAAAGUACAUUAUGACGGACCUCUCCCAUCAUUUCGCAGAGGAAGAGCAGAGCACUGACGCUGCACGGUCAGAUAGGUCUGCCGCACUUCCAGACAUUUGUCUUAAAACCGUAUGAGAAGCUUCUGGGUUGUUUCAAUGUUUCCCAUGCGUGCUUGUUCAUCAAUCGGUAUCUUGAACUGCGUCAAGCUCACAAAAUGCCGGAACUACUACCUGGGAUCCAAGCAGCUACCUCUCACGCUGGCUUGAUAUGGCUACAAAUGUUGUUCCAAACUUGAAGCAACAGCUCGGCAACGGAACGGCUUUCAAACCCGCUUAAACCAUAUCAAGCUGAGGAACAAAGCCCGAUAUCUUUCAACAGUUCGCCCGCCACAAUGUCAAUACCCGCAGUCUUGAGGUCCUCGAUUCCAAAAUUGAUGAACAGUACGUCGUCGCUGUACCCAUGGUACUUCUGUCCUUGUGAUUUCCAAGUGAUCGAGGUCACGUAAAACAUCUCGGUCUGAUUCCAAGUUUCCAAUGAUUCGAACUCUGGACCUUUCGGUCUUUUCUCUCCAGCCUUCCCCCUACCAUGGAUCCAGAUCGGCUUCGAAGAGAUAGCAUGAAGUUCAAAUGGAGAGGUACGUUUGAACAGCAUCACAUAGGGUUCGUACACACUGUGAAAGGAAUAGAAACUUUUGUGCUGA